UAUGCAUCGUGUAUUGCAAAUCCCUCUGCCGUCUUUUUUCGUUAGCUGUUUGUCGUCUGUCAGAUUCGAGGGCCAUCAACCCAACCAUCAAUUCUAUCAAAAUAAAAAAGACUAUUUUUGGAGAAUGUCCUCUUCUCCUAGCUACAAGCAAGAUUUGCCCCCUCCGGGGGGCUACAGCUCAAUUCCAUUUAAAAGGGUUCCAGCCAAGACCUUCUUCAGCGGUUGGGCACUGAUCGGGGGCUACCUUGGGAUGACAGCCGGUGCAGCCUACUUGUAUUUCCUGAACUGCAAAUCAGUGAAAGCAACAGAAUUGGAAAUGAAGUGUGCCAGUUUUGCCUUGUAUCCGAUGCUUCUAGCAGAGAGGGACAGGGCUUACCUCAAGCAGCUUAGGAAAAAUAGGGAUGAAGAAACUGAGUUAAUGAAGAAUGUAGAAGGAUGGAAAACAGGCACUUGGUAUGGAGAACCUAUCUUCUACACGAAGGACCCUGACAGUCUGACAGAUCCUAUGUAUGCAGAAUUCUACGUUCACUGUUCUUACAAAGAUUUCAUGACACGAGGAGGCAUGAUGUUGAUGUCAUAAUCCUGCUAUUACUACAGAUAUGUGUAGUGUAAAUUGUGGUGAUUUAUUUAGUAAUAAAAUAUUUUUUGUUAGUGGAUUUGUUCUUAAUUAUUACAGUUUGGCAAGCUAGGAAUCAGUUUUGAAACCAUUCAAUAAAAUGUGUAAUUGUGGACUUGAAACAUGACUGGCCUUUGUGCUACUUCAGCACCUCAUAGUCGCUGUUCUGGCAAACAUUGUUGUACAACUGGUUUAGCACUGUGAAACACAGAUUUACGAUUGCUUAAUGUGGUGAGAAGAUACAUAAAUUGAUGCUUCAACAAAUUCUUUCUAAUUUUUUUAAAGACGUAAAGAAAUCCUUUUAGAUUAUAUCUCAUACUUGGAGCCUCUAUGAUGUUCUUUUCAACAGUGCCAAACGGUUCAAAAAACCAUUUAAAUACGUUGCAUCUAUACUGUGGUUCAACCCAUGGCCAUGUACAAAUAUAGUAAAAAAUUUGCCCUCUUGCUUUUGAAAUAGAGUCAAAUUUCCCAUGAAAGAUUUCAUUAGCUUUGUUUUUCCUCUUUGUAAUAACACAACUAUUGUUAAAUCUCUAGUUGUACCUAUGGCACAGAAGAACAACAUUAUUGAAUAAAUACUCCAUCAUCAAAAGAUA